CAAUUUAUUUAGACAUGAAUUUCGUGUUGGGUUGGUAUCCGUGAUUGUCACUCGUUUUGAAGGUUAUUUUUUAUUUGUCAGCUAUACGUUUAAUUUACAAGUUUGCUUAAAAUUGUGCUUGAAAUGAACAAAGAGGCGCCGCCCCCGUACUCCGCCGCGCCCCCAUACCCAGGGGUGCACCAGCCUCCUAACUACAACUACCAGCCGGGAGCCCCCAUGAUGCACCCGUAUGCGUCGUGCCCGCCCUCGUAUGGGGCCACAACUCAGACGACGAUCAUUGUGCCGGAGACCGAAGUCAUAAUCGUGGGGGCCUGUCCAGCCUGUCGCAUUGGGGUUUUAGAAGACGAUUUCACGUGUCUGGGGCUGUUGUGCGCGAUUUUAUUUUUCCCGGCAGGUAUUCUCUGUUGUUUGUUGUUGAAGGAAAAGCGCUGUGGGAACUGUGGGGCCCGGUUUGGGUAAAAGAAUGUUUUAUAAUAUUAUUAAAGUUAUUUUAAAUAGAUUUAUUAGAGAUGGUAGAUUUUAUAUUGCAUAGAAUAUAUCGAGAAUUUUGUUAGUGUGUACAGUGGGAUAUUUACGUUAAAUGUUUGCACAUGUCGGGUGAUUCAUCCGACACUAGUCAACUUGUAACCGUGAUAUUUUUAUCAUUUUGCAAUAAUUAAACUGAUAACGUUUAUGUGUGUGGUUGAAAAUUUUGAAUCUCUAAAGAAUGAAAGUGACAACAAAAUAAAUUAACUUCGGAAAACA